AGAGGACCCUUUUCUUCAAAGAUCACUCUCUCUCUCUCUCUCUCUCUGUUGCUCUCACACGCCAUGCCUUCAAGACUCUCAGAUGCCUACAAAGACCACCCUGUCUACUUGCAUCAUAAGUACCUAGACUUCGAUUCGCUGAAAGAAUUGCCCGACUCCUAUACAUGGACGACACAACCUGAGGACCACCCUUGUCCUAACUCUGUGAGUGGCCGAGAAUCGACGGUGCCGGUGAUUGACCUUCACCGCCCAAGCGCACUAGACCUCAUAGGCCACGCGUGCAGAACUUGGGGCGUCUUCCAAGUCACCAACCACGGCGUACCCGAGAGGCUCCUCGAUAGCAUCCAGUCCGCUGGUGAGAACCUCUUCUCCCUCCCGGUGCAACAGAAGCUCAGGGCGGCUCGCUUGCCCGACGGCAUCCCGGGCUAUGGUGUGGCGCGGAUCUCUCCGUUCUUCCCCAAGCUAAUGUGGUCCGAGGGCUUCACCAUCGUCGGAUCUCCGCUUGAGCACGCUCGCCAACUUUGGCCAAACGAUCACGCGGAGUUCUGUGAUGUAAUUGAAGAGUACGAGAAAGAGAUGAGAAAGCUAGCCGGGACGUUAAUGGGGUUGAUGCUCGGGUCCUUAGGCGUGUGCAAGGGAGACAUCAAGUGGGCCGGGCCGAGAGGGGACUUCGCCGGGUCGUGCGACGCGUUGCAGUUGAAUUCUUACCCGGCUUGUCCCGACCCGGACCGAGCCAUGGGUCUUGCCCCACACACUGACUCGACCCUUCUCACCAUCCUCUUCCAAAACGGCACCAGCGGCUUGCAAGUCCUGAAAGAGGGAUGCGGAUGGGUCACGGUCCCUCCGGUCCCCGGCGCGCUUGUGGUCAAUGUGGGGGACCUCCUCCACAUAUUGUCCAACGGCUUGUACCCGAGCAUCCUCCAUCGGGCGGUCGUCAAUCGGACCCAGCACCGCCUUUCCGUGGCUUACCUCUACGGCCCUCCAAGCGAUGUCCAGGUCUCGCCCUUGCCGAAACUGAUUGACCAGAACAAUCCCCCGCUGUAUCGGCCCGUGACCUGGAGCGAGUACCUCGGCACCAAGGCGAAGCAUUUCGACAAGGCGCUGUCGUCGGUCCGGCUUUGCACGCGGAUGAACAAAUUGCAAGAUGCAAAUGACCAAGUAGUGAAAGUGGGCUAGACAUUAGACAAAUGAGAAUGCUGAGAUUACUAUUGUCAUUAGUUCCACUUAAAUUUUUUGCCAUUUCUUUCAUUUGGGUAUUGAUUGAUUGACAAGAUGCUAUGGAAUCCAAUUUAUCGGAGGCCUCGGGAGGUGUGUCACCGAGGAACACCAAGGUUCCCAAAAACAGUGUCCGAAGAAGAAGAUAAGUACAUCAAAUCAAACAUAAGCGGGGUUUGCAGA